AUGCUCUCAUCCUAUAGCUCCGGGGUGGCCUUAGGGCCCUGUUCCCAGCCCAGCUGCAGUGCCCCAAUGCCAGGACCAAGGAAUUCCUUCCCAGCACAGCAUCUUCAUCCACCAUGGAGCUGCUCACUCGACCUCCUCAGGCAGGAGGACUUCAUUGAGAGCUUCAGUGGGACCUUCCGCAACACGAGCCCCUCAGGGGCCCAUCUGUUGGACUCCAGCCCCGACCAGCAGCUGAUCCAGAGGAUUGUGUCCCAGGUGGAGUUCUACCUCUCUGAUGAGAACCUGGCCAGGGAUGCGUUCCUGCUGAAACACGUCCAGAAGAACAAGAUGGGCUUUGUGAGCAUCAAACUCCUGACGUCCUUCAAGAAGGUGAGGUACCUGACGCGUGACUGGCGGCUCACACUCUAUGCUCUGCAGUUCUCCAGGCUGCUGGAGGUGAAUAAGGAGGGGACCAAAGUGAGGAGGAAGAUUCCCAUCCCCGAGUCCCUCCUGACUGUCCCCCUCAGCAAACUGCUGCUGGCCUGGGAGCUGCAGCCCCAGGAGCGGGAUACCCACAACAGCUUCCUGGACACCAUCACAAGGAUGUUCAGCCCCUUUGGAGCCAUCGCUGCCAUCCGCAUCCUGCGUCCGGGCCACAAAUUACCCUCGGAUGUGCGGAAAUACACAUCCCGCUUCCCGGAGCUGCUGAGCAAGUGCUGUGCUAUGGUGGAGUAUGAGAGCCUGGAGAGCGCCUGCAGGGCCUUUGAGGAGCUCAGCAGCAGGAGCUGCCUGGGCAGGGAGUGCAUCAAAGUGGUCCGGCUCUGGAUGAGGGACUCCAAGAAGAAACGUGGUGCUGAGAGGAAGGCAGAGGAGCUGGACCAGGUGGGAUGGAGGGUGCAGGCGGCGGCUUCCGUGCUCCCCCAUAGCCCUGGGGACUCCGGGCUCUGCGGCUCUCCAGGGUCAGAUGGUGCCAGGGUCCCACCACCCCUGCUCCAGAACAAGGACCCCUCAGCACUCGCCUCAUUGGAUGGGAGCUUGAAGCUCAGCACCUUCAGCAACAGCAUCACUGAGCCCCAGCUCCUCAGCAGCAAAGUCUUCCCUCCGCUUGGCUUGGAUGCCGGGAGCUGCUCCAGCCCCAUCUGCAGCCCCGAGCGCUGGCGCGGAUGGAGCCCCUGGCACAGCAGCCCCGUUCCCGAUGGCAAACCCUGUCCUGGCUCUGCCCCCCCAGUACAGGGGAUGCCGAGCGACCGCCUGGGCCUGCGGGACCUGGUGCUGCGCCUGCCCCACGGCUCCGAUGGCACCAAGGGCUUCUGGAGCGGCAGGAGCGGAGAGCUGGUCCUGCGGCGCUGA